AUGUUUGCACAGCUCUUUGAAGAGGUCAAGAGUGCUGCAGUAGCCAGGAGUGGCAGGUCCCCAGCUCCCAGGUGCCACCUCCCUCGCUAUCCAAGCACGCCACAAACUGCCCCUGUUGAGGAGAACUUUGUGCAGUCUGCUUUCCAGAGCAGCUGUGCACAGCUGGGACCAGCAGGUGCAUUAGGCAGUCGGUCUGAGGGGUGUGAUGCUACUGUUUGGAGAGGUGCUGUGGGAAGAUCCCAUUCGCUGCACACGCGCGGGAUCGUUGAGUUGGCAGGAGCCAUAUCGUGCGGCACAGGGCGCUCCCCCUUGGCCUAUAUUGGCUACGGAUGCUACUGUGGGCUGGGAGGACAAGGCUGGCCUAAAGAUAAAACUGACUGGUGCUGCCACAGGCACGACUGCUGCUAUGACAAGGCAGAGAAGGAAGGCUGCAGCCCCAAGUCGCAGCGGUACCAGUGGGUGUGUGAGCAGAACACUGUGAGGUGUGAUAACCUGACAGACCGGUGUGAAAAAAUGGUGUGCCUGUGUGAUCAAGAAGCAGCCAAGUGUUGGGGAGCAGCACCAUACAACCCACACUUGAUCCUCUGGCCAGACUUUUUAUGUGGACAGACUCAUCCCACAUGCCAUUUCAGAUACAGGGGGCCAGAAUAGUCUUUCUGGGACCUUUCUUCUAACCCUUCAAAUCUGAAGGUGCUGGAAUAAAAUUUUACCUCUUU